GAUUUACGAGUCUCGAACGCCGUAUCUGGUUGUGCACAAUGGAAAAUUGGGAAUUUUAAAGCAUUCCGCCUCUUCCUCGUUUCGUCUCGAAGAAAAGGGUAUCUGUUCCAUCUGUGCAUCUCGUACAAAAGGAAUUAUCUCCGGCAGCAUCUUGGCGGUGGGAGGGAUUGCAAGCGGGAGGAUGAAGCGCUGAUCAAAGCGGUUUGUUCGAGGCCCUGUGGGGGUAUUUGCCUCUUGAAACAUGGGUAUGUGCUACAGCCUGCGACCGCGGCUGUUCAGCGAUCCCAUCGCGUCCAACAGCAGCCCGGACUCGGAGCUGCCACCAGCACCUCCGGCAGCGGCGGCGGCGGCAGCAGCAGCGCCGCCGCCGCACCACCACCACCACCACCACCGUGGGGACAUGGAGCAGCUGUACCAGGGGGACACGGGAGGGAGAUUGCGGAGCUCCGAGUGCCAGCGCGAUUGUCAGCCGCAGCAGAACGGAGGGGACCGCGAGCGGCUGCAGCUCCCGCCACACGGCAGCAAGAAACCCCCCGAGAAGCAGAACAAGAACUGGGACAAGCUCCGGGCGGAGGAGAAAGAAGCGGAGAGAGAGGCGAAGAAAGUCAGCAAGUACAUAGACAAAAUCUUGAAGGAACAGAAACGCGAAUAUAAGCAAACGCACCGGCUGCUUCUGCUGGGGGCCGGUGAAUCUGGGAAAAGUACAAUUGUCAAGCAAAUGCGGAUCUUGCACGUCAAUGGAUUUAAUGCCGAAGAGAAGAAACUGAAAGUCCAAGAUAUUAGGAAAAAUAUUAAAGAUGCUAUAGUGACAAUAGUCUCAGCAAUGAGCACUUUAAUACCCCCGGUCCAAUUAGCCAACCCAGAACACCAGUUUCGGUUGGAUUACGUCAAAACUUUAGUCCACCUUUCAGACUUUGAAUACACACAGGAAUUCUUCGAUCAUGCGAAAGCACUCUGGGACGAUGAAGGUAUAAAGGCAUGUUUUGAAAGGUCAAAUGAGUACCAGCUCAUCGACUGUGCUCAGUACUUUUUAGACAGAAUUGACCAAGUCCGACAAAACGAUUACUCCCCAUCAGAUCAGGAUUUGCUCCGAUGCAGGGUUUUGACAUCAGGGAUUUUUGAGACAAGAUUUCAAGUUGACAAAGUAAAUUUUCAUAUGUUUGAUGUGGGAGGACAGAGAGAUGAACGUAGAAAGUGGAUCCAGUGCUUCAAUGACGUCACGGCUAUUAUUUUUGUGGUGGCUAGUAGUAGCUACAACAUGGUUAUAAGAGAAGACAACAACACCAAUCGACUCCGAGAAGCUCUUGAUCUCUUCAAAAGCAUCUGGAACAACAGGUGGCUGCGGACCAUUUCUGUCAUCCUCUUCUUGAACAAGCAAGAUCUUCUGGCCGAGAAAGUGUUGGCAGGAAAGUCCAAAAUUGAAGACUAUUUUCCAGAGUAUACACGCUAUACUACACCAGAUGAUGCGACUCCAGAACCUGGAGAAGACACGAGAGUGACAAGAGCAAAAUAUUUUGUACGGGAUGAGUUUCUUAGGAUCAGCACAGCAAGUGGAGAUGGACGGCAUUACUGUUACCCUCACUUCACCUGUGCAGUAGACACGGAAAACAUCCGCAGAGUAUUCAAUGACUGUCGAGACAUUAUUCAAAGGAUGCAUCUUCGCCAGUAUGAACUGUUGUGAUGGAGAAACAACUUGAGUUCUUGAUUUUUGGACUCCCUGAUUCCUUUUUCUUAAUGUGCCCGCACAGGGUGGAAGAAAUACGAGUGAAGUGUGUCAACUUUGCUCUCUAAACUCCUCCUUCAUUCCUUAUUUCCUGUGUUUUCCUCUCCAUUUUUUGUGCAUCACAUUCUAUCUUUUUUUUAAAAAAACUUCUGCUUUUCCCUCUCUGUGGUUCCACUGAGCCCUCUGGCUACCUCUGUGUCUGACAGACGCCUGAGUACACCUCAGCCUGUCUCCCUGCAGGCUCGUAGCUCUACCGUCUAGUCGUCUCUGCCCUUGGGCAGCACAUGAUGGCACUACCUUCAGACCUCUCCCUGUCCGGGUUUCUUUUCAACACAACACUUGAGAGUACUUGAUGGGGGAAAUAUAUUAGGAUGAAAAUGCACUUUUUGCAUCGGGUAAUUAAAAAAAAACUGUCGAGGAAGUUCACACAAUGUAGCAGCACCACAAUAUUUAAUAGUUUCACUGUUUUCAGCAUUAAGAAAUGCAGGGCGGCUGAAAGAAAAGGACCUCAUCUUAAGCCAGUGAUGGCCAAGAAAUAAAAAAAAGAGGCAGGAUGUCCAAGUCCUACAAGUAGGAGCAAUUUUCUGAGGUCUUGGGGCUAUCGAGUCUCACCACAUCUUAGAUCUUGAACAGAAACUGCUUCGGUCUAUACACCUAGGCUGAAAACUAUCACACACUAAUGUUUGUUCAAGCUGUCCAUUAUGAUCCCUUAGCUUAGAUCAUGAAUGGACAAAUAGUCCUACAUUUGUUUUUAUUUUUGGUUUGUUUUACUGCUGAUUAUUAUCUUGUACAGACUGUAAAAUGUAUUAUUUUGUACAACUUUAUUGAAGAAAAAUACUUGUAGAAGAUCUUUGUGCCUUGAUUAUGGCUGUACCUGUAAAAUGAGCUAAGAUGUAAGUAUGUUUGAUUGCGCUGUACAGCUUUAUGUCCAAACCCUGUCUACAGCAGUGGCUGGAGACGGGGAGUUUAUCUGUAGAGAUUAGUUUUUUUUCUGGUUUAUAAAGAAGGAAAAUGCUCUUUAGUAAAAGAAAACCUGUAUAAAUUAUGCAAAUUAACCACUUACCUUUACAAGAAGAGGUCAGAGGUGACGAGAUGUUGCAACAUCAUGCCUUGUUUUGGAUUCUCAGCUUUAACACAUCGGAAUCCAUCCAAGUGUCCAAAAUGCAACGUGGAAUUAUUUCUAUGGGAACCAAGGUUUUUUUGCUAGAAGUAUACAUGUUUGGUAAUUCUUCGGUCAUUCAUAGACCUUCACAAAUGCACAGGCAUUGUGAAUGUGUGAGCACCAUUAGAUAGGGUCUUAAAUCCUUGUACCAACAGCAGCUUUUAUUGUGCAAGUAAAUAGUAAGAAACGGAAAAAAAAACAACUAAGGUGUAAACCUUUGUGUCUGGCCUAAGAGAAUUACAUAAUGACAUUUUUAUUUCUCUUUUAAUAAAGAGAUAUGUUAGAAAAGUUUAUUUUAAAUAUUGUAGAAUUUGAGAUGUGUGAAAAUUUCUCAGACUUGAAUAAUUUAUGCAAAUCACAUUCUCAGAACAAGUUGUGGUACAGUACAGAAAAAAAAAGCAAAAAUCGCUGUAGCAAUAAGGCAUGUCCUUUUUAGUAACUAUUACACUGCUUUAUAUUUUAUACCUAGGUGUUUUAUGUCUCUGUGAGUAUAUACUUUUCAUGUGUCUGAGAUAACUUGUACAAUUUGUACAAUGUUAAAAAAAAAUUACAGUUGCAAUAACAGAACC